GCCCGGUGCGAUGAAAGUUCUAAAUGUGGUUGACAAAUACACAGACGUUUUAAAGAAUACACUCGGAAACAAUUCCGAGAGCAGUAAAACUAUAUCAUCGGACAAUAUGGUUGUUCAUGUAAGUAUGGUUAACACAACAUCCGAUGAGUUAAAAUUCCCAGAUAAACCGCCCCUACGCAUUAAAAGUUCAGUUAUUCUGCCGAAGGCUUCAGUAACAGGAUCAAAAACAAUCGCAGCAGUAGUGUACAGAAAUCUGUCAGGAAUCAUUUCAUCAAAGUUAAAAAAUGUCAGUAAUUCCACUAUAAAUUCAGAAGUUGUGACAGUGACGUUGGAUAAGUGGGAGAACACCACAAACUUUGUUAUUGAUAUAACAAUGGAAUACGCUCAGAACCUUAACUCAGCUCCAAUUUGCAGUUUUUGGAAUGCUUCAAUAUUUUCCUGGGACACCACCGGAUGUCGUGUCAUGUCCUCCAAUCAUUUAAGCGCAACAUGUCGUUGCACGCACCUGACGAACUUUGCAAUUCUUAUGAGCCCAUUUAUUCAGAGCAGUGCGAAUUCUAAAGACCUCGACAUCAUUUCCAUAGUUGGUUGUUCGAUAUCAUUGGCCGGCUUGACGUUGACAAUUACUUUCCAUAUAGUGCUUUGGAAGUUUGUAAGCAAACGACGUGUUGUUGUCUUGUUGAACCUGUCCGUGGCCCUCAUAAUUGCUUACGUUAUGUUUAUUGGUGGCAUUGACAGAACGGAAAACAAGAUCGUAUGUACUACGUUGGCGUCUUUGUUGCACUAUAUUUACCUGGUAGUUUUUUCCCUUAUGUUGGUUGAAGGUAUUGACGUCGCCGUGUCAAUACUAAUUGUCUUUAAAACACAAUCAAAACUGAAAUGGAUGCUGACAGCUGCAUGGGUUGUGCCUGCUGUGAUCGUUGGGAUAACGCUCGGUGUCACCAAGACAAAGGGAUAUGGAAAUGAAAUAUCAUGCUGGUUGACAAUUAAGGGAGGUGUCAUUUGGGCGUUUGUUGGACCUGCACUGCUAGUCGUUUUGGUCAACUUCAUCAUCCUAGUGAUUGUGAUACGGACAAUACUAGGAUCGUACACCAUGGCAAAGAAGUCAACGGUAGAAAGAUCAAAGUCAGCAGUAUGGUGUCUAUUAGCUUUACUACCGUUGAUGGGUCUUACUUGGGUUCUGGGAGUUUUCUAUCUGGACGAAAGCUUUGCCUGGGUACAAUACGUCUUUGCUGUCUGCAACAGUCUCCAGGGUUUGGUGAUUUUCAUGUUCCAUUGUGCAUUUAACAAAACGCUUUGGAAGGCAUAUAAAACGAAGAAACAAAAGUCGUCGUACGCCACUAGUACUUACCUCAAAUCUCGAACCACUGCAGUAAGAUCGGUUAUAACUGAAAACAGUGAAGUAAGCAUGAAUGUUCACGACACAUUCGAAAUACCGUCAGUUGACGAAUCGGCCAAAACACGUUACGAGAACUUAUCGAUCAAACAACCAAUACAAACUGCUGCAAAGGCUGACAAAGAAGAGCAAGUCGAUGGUAUCAGUAAGCACUCUGAGGAAAACGCUAAUGACGACAAGCUCAGAAGAAACGAUGAUGAGGAAACUGCGAACACAGAUAUCCAUGACCUCGGGCUGGAAAACCCUGCAGACAAAUUCUUCUAUAGUACGGCGUUAUAGAUGUUGAAGUGUUACUGAAGUAAAACAUGAUGCGGAACUAUUUGGGUAUACCGUUUAAUCAGUCUCAUAAAGACACGGAGUCUCCAUUUCCUGUACUCACAAUGCUGCUGAUGAAAGCAAUACUGAAAAUGAUUUUAUUAAAGUCGAAGGAUGGUUGGUUUAUAUAUAUUCUAUGUUGAAAAAUUAAAAUACUUUUGUUUAAAAUACGAUCGCCAAUAUUCAUAUUAUUGUUUGUUAUUGAAUCAAGAGAUUUGUUUGAUAUUUUCCUGGAAAUGCCGCCUCGUUCGAUACGGCUUUGUCUGUUUACCGUCACACAACAUUUCACAGCUUUGUGAUAUUUAUAUAAUAUACAACACAGAGACGGCCAUAUUAGUUUAAAUGACUUUUAAAAUGUAAUAUGUAUUACAUACAUCAAAUAAAUUAUUUCUUAAUUAUAGUCCGUAAACCUUAUAUAAAUGCAUUACCAUAAUAAAGUUCAUUGAUAAA